AUGAAAGCUAUCAGCUACACGCGAAAUCGGUUAAAACCUGCAAUGCGAUACAUUACUGCAAAGUCAGCCGUAUAUAUAUCAGUCAAAUUUCCUCUGACUCUUCGGUUUGUUAUAACCCCAUGGGUUUUCGUUCCUGCUUACAGUUGUGACACCGAAUUUGUUAAUCGCUUAUGUAUCAGAGACGUUGUAAUUGGGCCUUUAAAAACAGUAUCAUCUUUGGAAGAACCCGUUUUCAGGAAUGUCAUCUACCAGUCAAACGGUUAUAAGGAAUCGACCUGUGCCUUUUUUUUUUCGUCGUAUUGA